CUUGGACAAUGGGCAAGUUCGAGAUCGGAUUUAUUUCCUUCCUUUCUAUGUUUAGCUCUGUCCAAAUUGCAAUCUAACGUACAGCCUCACUCCAUGGAGCAUACUAUUAAUAUGAUUGAAAAGUCAUUUGGUGCCAGUAUUGAUGAUCUUUUUAUACGAUUUGAUCAUGUUCCCAUUGGAUGUGGUUCUGUUGCUCAGGUUUACUAUGCUGAAUUGCGCGAUCCAGACCAAACCAGUCCUGCCAUCAAUCAAUCUGAUAGUUCAAGCCUUUCGUCUAAGGUAUCUGAUACGGUUGUCACUAAUGGUGGUCGCGGCAAACCAUAUGCGGUCAAAGUACUUCAUCCAAAAGUGCGAGAACUCAUUUCUUUAGACCUAUCGAUAAUGGCUAUUGGUGCCUCUCUUAUUACGUUCAUAUUUCCUAGUGCAGAGUGGUUAAGUUUACCAGAAGAAGUAGCGACGUUUGGUAGUAUGAUGACCGCACAGUUGGAUCUGACCAAUGAGGCUUCAAAUCUCCAAGUAUUUCAAAAUAAUUUCAACUCGUGGGGAUCUGUUGGGUUUCCAUCCCCUAUUAAACAACGAGUAUCCCCUGAAGUUCUUGUGGAAGAUUACAUUGAAGCUGUUCCAAUGACAAAAGUUCUCGAGUUUGGUGGUGGGCAAUUUGAUCGCGAAUUGGCAAAAAUUGGCUUGACAUGCUUUCUUAAAAUGCUGAUAUUGGACAAUUUCGUUCAUGCAGACAUGCAUCCAGGUAACAUUAUGAUGACAUUUUAUAAAGAAGCGGCAUCCAAAUCAAAAUUAGAGUUUAUAGAUUCACACUACAUUCAGAGACUUAAAAAAACUACAAAUGAAACCGAGUGGAAAGCCAUUUUGUCAGAAUUGAAAGCCAAAAACUAUGCGCCAUUUUUGUAUAUAGUAGAUGCGGGAUUGAUCUCAUCUCUCUCGCAAGCACAUUUGGUCAACUUUAUUGAUCUGUUCCAAGCUAUUUCAGAAUUCAACGGCCGAAGAAUUAGCGAGCUCAUGAUCAGUAGAUCCAAAUCACCAUAUACCGUAAUUGAUGCAGCAGGAUUUCAAUCUGCCAUGUUACAGUUUAUUCAGGAAGUCAAGGAGCAAACGUUUGCACUCGAAAAUAUCCAUGUGGCAGAUAUUCUUGGAUUUGUUCUGUCCAAAGUGCGCGUCCACCAUGUCAAGAUUGAAGGCGAUUUUGUAAAUGUUGCAGUCAGUUGUAUGCUGUUGGAAGGGAUGGGACAGCGAUUGGACGCAUCCAUGGAUUUGCUGCAUGCCUCUGUGCCCUUUUUAAAGCAAGCGAUAUCACAGCGACUGGACGGACAUGUAUCUUUUUCAGAGACAUCGUUUUGGAAUCUUUUUCGGGGAUUUGUAAUAUCAUAUAUAGGCAUGGGUAAAUCAUAA